AUGAGCCAAAAGGAACUGAAUGCUUUUGAAACCCACACCAGUGGGGAACUUGCUGCUUCCUUAGCUGGGCCUCCAGAUGAGAACACCAUCUUGACCAGUCCCUUGAUUGGAGCCUGUGAGACCCUAAGCAAAGGAUCCAGUAAUCAGAAUACUGAUUGUACUUUUUCUCUUCCUGUCCCAGGCGAUUCGGGAUCUCCCGGCCCCAGUGCAGACACGACCACGUCGAAGAACCACACCACACACAACCAGUCCCGAAAAUGGCACAGAAAUGGCAUCAAAAAACCCCGAUCACAACGAUACGAAUCUCUUAAGGGGGUGGACCCCAAGUUCCUGAGGAACAUGCGCUUUGCCAAGAAGCACACCAAGAAGGGCCUGAAGAAGAUGCAGGCCAACAACACCAAGGCCAUGAGUGCACGUGCUGAGGCUAUCAAGGCUCUCGGAAAGCCCAAGGAGGUCAAGCCCAAGGUCCCAGAGGGCAGCAGCCGCGAGCUCAGUCGACUUGCCUACAUUGCUCACCCCAAGCUCGGGAAACGUGCUCGUGCCCGGAUCGCCAAGGGUCUCAGGCUCCGUCAGCCAAAGGACAAGGACAAGGCUCAGACCAAGGCCACAGCUUCAGCUGCAGCUCCGGCUCCAGCUCAGGCUCCCAAAGGCACCCAGGCCCCCACAAAGGUUCCCGAAUAG